AUGGUGAUUUUUAAAAUUAACAUGGAAAAACAUAUUUUAUUUGAUUGCAUUAGAGUGUUAACAUUUGAAGACAUUAACAAUACGGAGUGGAUAGAAUUGCUGGAUCUUAAAUUGGAAGAAGUUUAUGGCAAAUUACAAAUUAACUAUGAACAAACUUUUACUACCUUGACAAGUAUAACUUCACUUAAUUUUUCGAAAAAUAUUACAUCAGAAUGGAAAUAUGUUUGUUUAGGAUUCUACAUUAUUAAAACAUUAAUCCCGCUAAUCGAUAAAUCGGAGAAACUAUUUUUAAGCGUACAAGAAACAAAAGAUUUUAAAAAGUUUUUAAAAACUAUGAUAUAUAUUGGUAUUUCUACGAAACUGCAACCGAACUUACCAUUUUAUUCAAAAACAAAAUUUCCUGAAAAUGGAGAUAUAUUUUGGAAUUAUAAUGUCCUUAAAUGUGUUACGUUCGGUUUAACAGAACUUUUAAAAAUACCAGUCUUAAGGAUUUCUAUAAUACCAGAAGCUUUUAAAGACAUUUUGGUCGCUUUAUAUCAAAUUUCUUACUGCCCUUUAAAAAAACCAGUCACUGCAAUUGGAAAUAGUGACACGAGUGAGAUUGUAACUAAAGAAAUUUACGAAAAACUACUUCAAGAACAACAGUGUUUUAUAAAAAUUUUAAACCAUCUAGAAAAGACGGUUCAUCCAAAUAUAUUUGUCAAAAACACAAUGAUGAUUAUGCAUAAAAAUUCCCCUACUUGGUUUAGAAAACAUGUAUCACAUACUUUAACAAAUUUUCUGCGAUCCGAAAAUGGUGUAGAACUUGUAGCUGUAGCUCUCUUUAGCGAUCAUGAAAAUGACACCGCACAUAUUUGGAAAAUUUUAGAAAUAUUUUCAAAGCUUAUUUUAAGUUGUAAAAAGUUCUCGGACUUCAAGGAAAAUAUCUGCAAACAGUUAAUUAAGCUUUUAAAUAAACAACAAGAGGAAAAAUCUUUCGCAGAAAUAAUUUUUCCUUAUUGCACAAAGGCUUUUUAUAAAGAAGAUCAAGAAAUAUGCAAAUCGAUUUUUAUUAGGGAAAUCAUAAGUCCAUUGCUUUAUUUUACUUACAAUACUCAUAAGUUUACCGAUGAAAACAUUACUGCAAAACUAAAUCUGACUAUAAGAAUGCUACAUGCUGUUUUUGUUCAGAAUGCCGCAGAAGAAAACGUUGUACCUGUAAAUAUUCUUCAACCUGUCAUUUAUGUGAUAUUUCGAUUUUAUGCUUUAACUCAACAAAGUUCAUUUGAAGCUCUGAACAAUGAUCUGAAAGAUAUUUUAAUCCAUUAUUUAGAACACCAGUCCAAUAAUUACAUAAACAUUUUUGACAGAUUUUUAUUCGAUUUAGACUGUAAAGAAAUUCUUUCAUUUAGAAAUGACAUUGUCAUACAAGUCGAUGCAGAAAAUAUAAAAUUAUGCAAAUCAGAACAUUCAGUUAAUUAUUCUUCGGCAGCAAGUUUUGAAUAUUUAUUUAAAUUAAUUAAAUUAAAACCAAAUUUGCUAGUUAAUCUAUUUAGUUACCUAUUAAAUUGUAUUACAAACGAGAACAAGUAUUUUCGAAAGGAUAAUGAUGAUCUGCUAGAUGUGGAAGAUUAUUUAAGUAAUGAAUAUUUCGCAAGAAAAAUAUCUGUUUAUAAAUUACUAUCAGAACUUGCAGAAGAAAAAUGUGUUCAAAACCAAUUAAAUGAAAACCCUACUGACAUAGUUCAGUACGUUUGUAAAGUUUUAAAUAAAACCAUAGAGUUGGGCACACACUUAUUGGAAGAUAGUGACAGUGAUGGCUAUCAGUCAGUGUUUACUAUACUUAUUAUCUUAGAGAAUUUAUUAUCAAAUUCAUCAACACACGAUCCUAAAAAAUAUAACACAUUAUUAGAACCAUUGGUAAAGAUACAAUCAGAAACAAAAAAUAAAGAAAUGAAAGAUAUUAUAAAAUCAAUUUUAAAUACUUUAGAAGGAACAGUAAAAAGUAGGUCUAAGCCAAUUGAUAAAGAAUCUAAAACUGAAUUAGAUAAAGCAAUUGACGACAUCUGCGAUGCCCUAAUUCCAACCAGAGGCCAUGGACUAUUAACACUUACUAAACUGAUUGCAAAAAGGGAUAAAAAUACCAUUGAACGAAAGCAAUUUGUACUCAAUAUACUACAGCAAAAUCUAACGAACGAAGAUUCCUUCAUUUAUUUGAAUGCUAUCAAUGGUCUUGCUUCAAUGGCAGAUCUUUUUCCUGAUACAAUACUAAAUAUUUUAUGUGAAGAAUAUUCGGAUUCUAGCAGAAAACGUACUGAAGAUAAUUCUGAAGUAAGAAUGAAACUGGGAGAGGUUUUACUAAGAGUCUCGAAAGGUUUAGGUGAAAUGGCUCCGAAGCAUAAACCACUUCUUCUAAAUACAUUUUUAAUAGGAACAAAAGAUGAUGACGAUCUAAUCCGUGCUUCAAGUUUAUCGAAUUUAGGGGAAAUAUGUAGAGUUUUGGGUUACAAACUUGGCACUAUGUUUACAGAGGUGUUAGUAUGCGUCCACUCAAUAAUCGCAACUGACAAAUCACCGCAAGCACGUCGUGCAGCCGUCACGGUUAUCAGACAGUUAUUCAUCGGUCUCGACCAAGAAAUCAUUGCAUUUUUUAAAGACGAUAUUUUGCCUGUGUAUAGGACACUAAAACACGUCUACAACAACGAUAAGGAUGACGUCAUGAGGCUGCAAGCUCAAUUGGCUUUGGAAGAGCUAAACGAGAGUAUGAAGAGUUUUGUGUUUCCCAAGCCGGAAUUGAAUUUAGAGAAGAAAAUUGUUAUGUUAGAUUAG